UGGAUGGCAUCACUGACUCAAUGGACAUGAAUUUGAACAAUCUCCUGGAGAUGGUGAAGGACAGGGAAGUUCAUGCGUCACAAAGAGUCGGAUGCGACUUAGCGACUGAACAACAGCAAGCCAAUUCACAAGGAAGUCAUUUGUAAUGUAUGUUAUUUAUGGUGAGAACUGCUGUGGUUCACAAAUAGAUUGGAUAUGUCACUCAUGAAGACAUUCAGACGUUCUAGAAAUCACUCUAUUAAACUCAGUUGCAAUUCAAAUUAAAACAGAGAAGUCCAAUUCUUUCAGGAGGCAACACGAGGCCUGGGGGCCUGGGCCAUGUGAUUCAUCUCUGCAUCCUUGGGCUCUGGAAUACAGCUACACCUGUUCUUUGCUUGAGAGGAAUGAAGACCUAAGAGUCCCGGAGCUCCGCCUUUCCUGCCAUCACUGGGAAAGCUAGGAACCAUAGAGAUGUGGCUUCCUAGAGAGCCGAAACUGGGAGGUGGGGUGAGGCACCGGAUGUCGCUAUACCCGCGGGUCAGCCAUUAUUCUAGGCUUCAGGUGCCGUCGCGUCCAGUUUUCGUGUCAUCUCCUGGCGCCCCGGCGCCAAGGUGGUGGUCCCCAAGCCCGGAGCCGCCGCGGGAGACCCCGGUCUUAUAGAUGAUGUUCUUCAAGCUCUAAGGAAGAAGUCAAGCAAGAAUUGAGGGACCCUGGAGAGGAGUCUGUCUUAAAUGGCAGCAAUGACAAGAGAAAAUUGGGCCCACAGUGCUCUGCGACAAGAGGGCCUCGUUAAAGGGAAGGAUGAUACCUGGAAGUGGGGAACCAGCUUCCAAGGGAGUAGCUCCACUGUUUGGGAGACCUCCCACCUGCACUUUAGACAGUUACGUUAUCAUGAGACAUCUGGACCCCAGGAGGCACUGAGCCGGCUCCGGGAGCUCUGUCGCCGGUGGCUGAGGCCAGAAGCACGCACCAAGGCCCAGAUCCUGGAGCUGCUGGUGCUGGAGCAAUUCCUGAGCAUCCUGCCUGGGGAGAUACGGACCUGGGUGCAGAUCCAUCGCCCCGGGAGUGGUGAGGAGGCCGUGGCCCUGGUAGAAGAGCUGCAGAAAGACCUUGAUGGACCAGCAUUAAAAGUUCCAGCCUUUGUCCAGGACCAGGACACUCUCCAGGAGGGUCUGAGUACUCCAGGAAUAGCACUUCCUCAUGCACCCACUGGCAGCCACAUAUCAGCUGAAAUUCGCUCAAGUUCUCUUACUGACCCAGUGGUGUUCGGCUUGCUCCAGGAUCCUCAACAUGAUUCUCCUGCCCCUGAAGCUUCUGCCCUUUCCCAGGAAGAGAACCCCAGAAAUCAGUUAAUGGCUCUCAUGCUCUUGACAGCCCAGCCCCAGGAAUUGGUGAUGUUUGAGGAGGUAUCAGUAUGCUUCACUUCAGAAGAAUGGGCAUGUUUGAGCCCAGUUCAGAGGGCCUUGUACUGGGACGUGAUGCUGGAGAAUUACGGAAAUGUGACUUCCUUAGAAUGGGAGACCAUGACUGAGAAUGAGGAAGUGACAUCCAAGUUGAGCAUAUCUCAAAGAGCAGAUUCUCAGAGAGGAAUAUCAAAUAGAUUUCAAGGAGGUGUUCCCCAGCUUCUUGACUUUGAGGAAGAGUGUGAAUGGCAAGUUUUUUCAAGUCAGUGGGGAAAUGAAGCAAGGGAAAGAGAUAUACUGAAGAAAGGUUCCCUGUGUGAACGAGACAAGAAAAAAAGGACUCCACCAGAAAAACGAGGCCAAAAGUGGAAGGAAUUUGAAGAAAGCUUGGUGUCAGAUUCAGCUUUUUCUGAAAGUUUAAUAGGUGCUGAAGGAAAGAAGCUUUAUAAAUGUGAUAUAUGUUGUAAACAUUUCAAUAAAAUCUCCCAUCUUAUAAAUCAUCGGAGGAUCCACACUGGGGAGAAACCUCAUAAAUGUAAGGAGUGUGGAAAAGGCUUUAUUCAGCGCUCAAGCCUUCUAAUGCAUUUACGAAACCAUUCUGGUGAGAAACCUUAUAAAUGUAAUGAAUGUGGGAAAGCCUUCUCUCAGAGUGCUUACCUUCUAAACCAUCAGAGAAUCCACACUGGGGAGAAACCUUAUAAAUGUAAGGAGUGUGGAAAGGGCUUCUAUAGGCACUCAGGCCUUAUUAUACAUCUCAGACGCCAUUCUGGGGAGAGACCCUAUAAAUGUAAUGAGUGUGGCAAAGUUUUUUCUCAGAACGCUUACCUCAUUGACCACCAGAGGCUCCACAAAGGAGAAGAACCUUAUAAAUGUAACAAGUGUCAGAAAGCUUUCAUUCUGAAGAAGAGCCUCAUUCUGCACCAGAGAAUCCACUCUGGGGAAAAACCCUAUAAAUGUGAUGAAUGUGGAAAAACUUUUGCCCAGACCACUUACCUGGUUGACCAUCAGCGGCUCCACAGUACAGAGAACCCAUAUAAAUGUAAAGAAUGUGGAAAAGUUUUCAUUCGAAGCAAAAGCCUCCUCCUACACCAGAGAGUUCACACAGAAAAGAAGACUUUUGGUUGUAAAAAAUGUGGGAAGAUUUUCACUUCUAAGUCAAGUCUCAUUGAUCAUAAGAGGAUGCAUAGCAGAGAGAAGCCUUAUAAAUGUACUGAAUGUGGGAAAGCCUUCACUCAGAGUGCUUACCUUUUUGAUCAUCAGAGACUCCACAAUGGGGAGAAGCCCUAUGAAUGUAAUGAAUGCGGGAAAGUUUUCAUUCUGAAAAAGAGCCUCAUUUUACAUCAGAGAUUUCACACUGGAGAGAAUCUCUAUGAAUGUAAAGACUGUGGCAAAGUCUUUGGUUCUAAUAGAAACCUCAUUGACCACGAGAGACUCCACAAUGGGGAGAAGCCCUAUGAAUGUCGAGAGUGCGGGAAAACCUUCAUUAUGAGCAAAAGUUUCAUGGUCCAUCAGAAGCUCCAUACACAAGAGAAGGCCUACAAAUGUGAGGAUUGUGGGAAGGCUUUCAGUUACAAUUCAAGCCUGCUCGUACAUCGGAGAAUCCACACCGGGGAAAAGCCCUUUGAAUGCAGUGAAUGUGGAAGAGCUUUCAGUUCUAACAGAAACCUCAUUGAACAUAAGAGAAUCCACAGUGGUGAGAAACCGUAUGAGUGUAAUGAGUGUGGCAAAUGCUUCAUUCUGAAGAAAAGCCUCAUUGGACAUCAGAGGAUUCACACAAGGGAAAAAUCUUACAAAUGUAAUGACUGUGGGAAAGUCUUCAGUUACCGCUCCAACCUUAUAGCCCAUCAGAGAAUCCACACUGGUGAGAAGCCCUAUGCAUGUAAUGAGUGUGGGAAGGGCUUUACUUAUAAUAGAAAUCUUAUUGAGCAUCAAAGAAUUCACAGUGGAGAAAAAACCUAUGAAUGUCAUAUAUGUAGGAAAGUGCUUACCUCUAGUAGAAAUCUUAUGGUGCAUCAAAGAAUCCAUACUGGAGAAAAACCUUAUAAAUGUAGUGAGUGUGGAAAAGACUUUAGUCAGAACAAAAACCUUGUUGUACAUCAGAGAAUGCACACUGGGGAAAAACCAUAUGAAUGUGAAAAGUGUAGAAAAUCUUUUACUUCUAAGAGGAAUUUAGUUGGCCACCAGAGAAUCCACACAGGAGAGAAACCAUAUGGGUGUAAUGACUGUAGUAAAGUUUUUAGGCAAAGAAAAAACCUGACUGUACAUCAGAAAAUUCAUACAGAUGAAAAAAACUGUGAAUGUGAUGAGUCUGAAAAAGAAUUCUCUCAGACUUCAAACCUUCAUCUUCAACAAAAAAUCCACUCUUUGGAGGAUUUUGGGUCCUAUUCUCUUGGGUCCAAAUUCUCUUGGGUCCAAAAUGCCAGUGAGUCCAAGAUCAAGAUUCAGAAAAUCUAGUAUUGUGUAAAAUGGAAUAGCAUCCCUGCCUCUGUAAGUGACUGUUGGAUAAAUGGCAGCAUAUGGUUUUUAUAAGGGAAAAAAGUCAUGAUUGACCCUUUUGUAGACAAAUAUGUUGCAUGAGGCAGAAAGUUAAUCUAGACUUUCAAGACUAUGAAAACAUAAGCCAAAUUCUAGUUAAAAGAUACUCUGUUCCAAAUCAUUUCUUAUGAACCUAGAAAAGGACCUUGAAGCACUUAAAGAUUCUGAAGAAACUGAAUUAUGAUUUAUAAGAUAUAAUGAUGAUGUUGUAAAUGAUAGCAAAAAUAUCUUUGUAUUAAAAAGUGUAUGUUUUGAAAAGAUACAUAUAUAUGGUACAUCUUAAAGAUAGUAUCACUCUAGAGAAUGUCUGUACAGACAGUGUGAUUAAGACAUACAAAACAUGAAGUUGGGUGGGCAGGACUGCUCUUUGAGGACAAUUUAAGUACACUGGAUUUGGAAUCUGAAAACCUAGGUUUGGAUCCUGGCUCUUUCACUUACGAGCUCUGUGAUGUUAUUAAGUCAGUCUCUAAGUCUCAGUUUCUCUGUCAGUCAAAUACUGGCAUAACCCCUACUUCAGAGAAUUGUUUUGAGCAUUUCGUAAAAGGAUCACGUGAAAGUACUUUAUGAAAUAAUUUAAUUGUCAAUAAAGUUGGAUAAAAGAGAUAUGGUCAAAAUCUGGAAAAUGGCAUAAUGUAGUGUUUGUUCAUCAAGUUAAUAUUAGGACUUCAUGAACCUCAAAAGUUUAAUUUUUAUUGUAAGCGGAGGUAUGGUGGAUGGUUAACUUUGGAAUUUAGUACUCUAAAAAAACUUUAAAAACAGCUUUUUAAAUGUUUAAGGGAGAUAAUACAUAACAUACCUAGUUUGUUUUUAUGGAAAAAAAUAUUGGCUUACUAAAUAAUGUCUGACCAUUAAUUUGAUGCCAAGAAAAAAGUUUAUUUUUAAACCUUUGAAUUUUAAACCUAGCAGAUGUAGAGUGUCAAAAUAGGACAGUCCUAUGUCACUUUCCUUGCUGAUAGGGAAAAAUCCUUAACCUCAACCCCAGGGCUGAUUAUCUCUGCUAGUGUCAUUCUCAGUUCUAAUCAAUAUUUUGUUGGUGCUACUCAAGAAACAACAUUCUAUCCCAGCCAUCAACUUAACCACAUAAGUUUUUUUACAUAGCCAAGCUCUUCAAAUCUCUGAUUAUACCAAUUCAGAAUCCAUAUCUGAGUGGUCAGGCCCAUUGAUUCCCAGUGAACCAAUCAUUCAUUCAUUCUGUACCCUUUUGUACAUUUGUAAACUUAAUUCUUCAUGUAUUCUUGGUUUGGUAAUUUUAUGUUGUAAUUCUCAGAACGCCAGUUCUGUCACUGAAGUAUAAAUACCUUAAUAUUGGGAUUUUGUUUCCUGAUACUUAGCAGCAUUGCAGUGGUGUGUUAAUUAUAGUAAGUGUUAUGAAUUCAACCCCAAAGUUCUUUGAGGGCUGGUUCCUUUUUAUGCUGAAAGGACCAAGAGUGAAAACUGGAAGGGGCCUGGGUUAAAAGUCUGAAGACCCUAAGAGUCAGAUUCUACCACUUUUCCUUGGACGAAUGGCUUCAUUUCUUGGAGCCUUGGUUUCUUCAUUUGUUAAAUGGAAGAAUAUAUACCUCCCUAAGUUGUUAUGGGAUAAUGAAUAUGAAGAUGCUUUAUGUCCAUACUGAAGAAAAAUUACCCCAAUUAUGUAAUAAUCACAUGUACUUUAACAAUGGAGAGAUCUGGAAUUUACCUGUUAAUCAGUUUAACAAAAUGUAACAUUGCUGAGACAAGUCACAUAAGGUGCCUCCCUCCACAUGUAAUGCAAUAAGCCAAAAGUAUAACCUGAAUUUAUCAAGCUGCUUAGGCCUGAUUGCUAGUUUACAGGAAAUACAGGAGGCAAAGGAACAAGAUAAAAGACAUCAUAAGAAACAAGUUCAGAAUGUGGCAUAUUGUCUAGGAAAACCCCUGCGGGAAUCCCGUGGCGGCCCAGUGGUGAGGCCUCUGCUUUCACUGCGGAGAGCGAACAUUCAAUCCUUAAUUCAGUUGAGGAACUAAGAUCUUACAAACUGGGCAGUGCAUCCAAAUAAAAAGCCACUGCAAAAAAACAAAAAAAGCCACUGCACUGGAUUCUUCAAAGAUGAUGAACAAGAGAAGGCGGUGAUAAUAAUUGUUGAUGCUGGGUGCAAAAGCAAUUCAGGAGAGGAUGGAUAGCUUUUCAAGAAAUGCUGCUGCAACAAUUGCAUAGCCAUAUGCAAAAAGAAAAAAUCAGUAAGACUAAGCAAGGAAAUCUUAAAUAUAUCAAAAGCAUGCUGCAUAAAAGGAAAAAAGUGAUAAAUUGAACCUCAUCAAAAUUAAAAUAAUUUUCUCUACAAAAGACUAAAGAGGAUGAAAAGGCAUUACACACUGGGAGAAAGUGUUUGCAAAUCAUAUAUCCAACACAGAAUUUGUAUCUAGGCUAGAUAAUUCUCAAAACUCAGCAAUAAUAAAUAGAUCCAAUUAGAAUAUGGGCAAAGGACAUGAACAGGUAUUUUACCAAAGUAUUGGCAAGUGAAAAGAUACUCAACAUCAUUAGCCACUAGGGAAUUGCAAGAUAAUCUGUACAGCUAUCAGAAGAGCUUUUAAGUAUUUUAACACCAAAUGCUGGCAAGGAUGCAAAGGGACUGAAUCUAUUACAUUGCCAGGAAUGAGAAAUAGUACAGCCACUGUGCUGGAAUAAUUUGGCAGUUUCUUAUAAAACCAAACAUGCAUUUAACCAUAUGACCCAGUAUUUGCACUCUGAGCAUUCAUCUCAAAAAAAUGAAAACUCCUGUUACACACACACACACAAGCCUGUAUGUGAUUGUUAAAAGCAGUUUUAUUAAUAGUAAUUUGUAAUAACUCAUCAAAUAUCCUUCAACAGGUGUUUAAAAGAAACUGCAAUGUAUCUAUACCAUGGAAUACUUAUUACUCUGCAGUAAAAUUGAAUGACCUAUUGAUAUCUGCAGUGACUCAAAUGUAUUCCAAGAGAAUUAGGCUGAGUGAAAAAAUCCAAUCUUGAAAGGUCAUAUACUGGAUGGUCACAUUUAUGUAAUACUCUAAAAUAACAAAAGUAUAGGGAUGAAAAACCAGAUUAGUGGUUCCCAGAGGUUGGGGAUGGAGGGAUGGAGCAGCAGAAGAGGGAGGGGUUACACUUAGGGAGGUCUUGGUGUUGGAAGAAUUGUGUAUGUGAAUUGUGAUGGUGGUUCCACAGAUCUACACGUGAUAAAAUGACAAGUACACACACAUUGUACCAAUGUCAGUUUCCUGAUUUUUAUCUUAAAUUAUAAUUAUGUAAGAUGUACCCAUUGGUGGAAACUAGUUGAAAGUUAUUAUCUUUGCAACUCCUGUGAAUCUAAAUUCAUACUAAAAAGCAAAUCAAAACUAAACAGCCAUACCAAAUACAAUGUGUGAAACUGACUUGGAAAAACAAUGAAGUCUAUAUUUUAGGACAAUUGGAAAUUUGAAAAUGACUGAUAAUAGAUAUUAGGGAAUUUUUGUUAAUUUUCCUACCUGUAAUGGUGGUAUUGUUAGUGUUGAGAUUAUUAUUAAAAGAUACAUAUAGAAGUA